CUCCUUACGUCGGCACCACCUGACAUCCCUGCCCCAUUCCCCAGCUCCUGUCCGAGGAUAUUGAAAAAGAGAGGGGGCCUGGAUUAAUGUGUAAUUAAAGGAAAUUUGGAAGGGUGAGAUGUUGCGGAAUGUUAGAUCAGUGGCUGAAGCAGCGUGGGGUGUCCUUUAGGAAGGCUUCAUUGAUUCGAGACAAAAAAGAGAGAGAGAGCUGGGGCUGCCUCCCUGUCUGCUCAUUUAUCAAGCCGAGCCUGACAGAAACUUCACAGCUUGGCCCCUUUUUUCAUCCCACACAAUGGAGAGCUCCACUGUUUGCUAAAGUUUCUGCACCGGGAGCUGGACCAAGGAGCCAAUCUCAUGGACAAAAACAGAACAGAGAGAGAGACAGACGCUCAGAGAGAGACAUAGGAAAAGGAAAAAAAAAGAUGGAAAGAAGAGCUGUUGGAUAUGAAUUUUGUGAAUGUGACAACUGGCAAGAACUUCAGUGGUCAAACGGAGAGCCGUCUUUCAUGCACUGCAAUGUCUCCUCCUUUCAUGUUGGACAUGUCCAGUAGAUUUAAAUAAUAAGGCAGCAGUUCCCUCAGUUAACAACACGAAGGCUGGGAACCAGGGGUCAGUCAAAGUACCACUACUACGGCCUAGCAGUGAAGGAGAGCUCCCAGUAUUACGAUGUGAUGUACUCCAAGAAGGGUGGCGCCUGGGUAAACGAGACGGGCAAGAAAGAGGUUACCAAGCAGACAGUGGCGUAUUCACCCCGCUCCAAACUGGGCACUCUUCUGCCAGAAUUUCCAAAUGUCAAAGACCUAAAUCUGCCUGCCAUUCUCCCAGAACAGAAGGUUUCAACGUUUAUCAUGAUGUACAGAACUCACUGCCAGAGAAUACUAGACACCGUCAUACGAGCCAAUUUUGAUGAGGUCCAGAGCUUCCUGUUGCAUUUUUGGCAAGGCAUGCCUCCACACAUGCUGCCUGUCUUGGGCUCAUCCACUGUAGUAAACAUUGUAGGGGUGUGUGACUCCAUCUUAUACAAAGCCAUUUCAGGAGUCCUCAUGCCCACAGUCCUGCAGGCCCUGCCUGAUAGCCUGACUCAGGUCAUCAGGAAAUUUGCUAAGCAGCUUGAUGAGUGGUUGAGGGUGGCGCUACAUGAUCUACCUGAAAACCUGCGCAACAUCAAGUUUGAGUUGUCAAGAAGAUUCUCCCAGAUCCUCAAGCGGCAAACGUCAUUAAAUCAUCUUUGUCAGGCAUCACGGACCGUGAUCCACAGUGCAGAUAUUACCUUUCAGAUGCUGGAGGACUGGAGGAAUGUAGAUCUGAACAGCAUCACUAAGCAGACACUUUACACGAUGGAGGACUCGCGGGAGGACCAGAGACGACUCAUAAUCCAAUUGUAUCAGGAGUUUGACCGACUGCUGGAGGAUCAGUCCCCCAUUGAAGCGUACAUCGAGUGGCUGGACUCUAUGGUGGACAGAUGCGUUGUGCGGGUGGCGGGGAAGAGACCCGGAUCCCUGAAGAAGGUUGCUCAGCAGUUUCUUCUCAUGUGGUCCUGUUUUGGGACAAGAGUGAUCCGGGACAUGACGCUGCACAGCGCCCCCAGCUUUGGCUCAUUCCACCUGAUUCAUCUGAUGUUUGAUGACUAUGUGCUGUACUUGCUGGAGUCACUGCACUGCCAGGAAAGAGCCAAUGAGCUGAUGAGGGCUAUGAAGGGAGAGGGAACUACAGCAGACAGUAGUGAGGAUAUGAUGGUAACCGAGAGCGCCUCCGUAUCCCCUGAACCCUACUCUCCUCCGAAGUUGGUGCCUUCAGUGGGAGCAGUAACCACCAGUACCCCAACUUCAGCCCCGUCCCCAGAAUACAACAGUGUGUCUGUUACCUCAGGAGCUCUUCAGUCAUAUACAUGGUCCCUUACAUACACAGUGACCACGUCAGGAGGCAGUCCCCCUGAUGGAGGAUCCCAGCUGUCCUGCAUGCGUAGCAGCGCCCCAGUGCACCCUACCUCGUCUGCACACCGGAUGCAAGUUUACCCCUACAGAGAUGAGCAUAGCUACACGGGCAGCUACAACUACAGCAGCUACACAAACCAGCAUCAUCAUGCCAUCCAGAGCCAAUAUCAGAGUCUGCCCCAUGAUGCAGGCCUCCCCACCCCACUGCACUAUUCUUCUUACCACCGUUCCUCUGCACAGUACUCAUUGAACAGCCCGAUGUCCCGCAUGGAGCCAUGUCUGAUGGGUGGUGCUCCUCGGCUGCAUGCGACCCCGAUGACCCCCCGCUGGCCAGAUGUUCCCUCAGCCAACAGCUACUCCAGCACUCCUAUGCACUCAACACGCUAUGCCUCUACAGGGGACAUGUACUCCUCUUUGACACCACGCAGAAACUCUGAAUAUGAGCAUGCACAACACUUUCCUGGCUUUGCCUAUAUUAGUGGAGAAGCUACUACAGGGUGGGCCAAAUAGCCAAAUCUUUAUCCAAUCUUUAUAAGAAAUAUCCCCAGAGACAUGUGGAGUGCAUCAGCAUAUGUGUGAAGAAAGGAAGAACUCCAGCAAGGCUAAGGAACACCCAGCAUAAUCCUCCCAACAUAUGUGCCCAUGGAGGACUGAGAGGGAUUUCAGAAACCCAGUGUGUGUCAGAGGGCGUCUACUGUGCCAAACUGACUCUUUCUCACCAAGCAGAAUCAUUGUGCCGUGAUGACAGUGCAGGUCUAGCCUACGUGUGCCUUUUAAUUAUCUUUAAAUUCCUGAUUUUCAUUCCUUCUCCAAACAAUCUUGAAUUGUGGCCUAGUAUUAUUCUGAAAGUAUGCAUCUAACAUGCCUCUGUCCUGCUGCUUGACGUCAAAGCAGCUCUUUAACAACACUAAAGAUUUUAUUAUCUCACUGCGUAUCUGCAUUAGCCGUUGUGCUGACUGCUUUCCUGCAUUUUAUGGCUCAUGCUUUGCAGUGAACGAACCUGAAAGCAAAAACUGGCAGAGGCCUCUUGGCCCAUUGCCAUGAUAUGGACGUCAAAGGAAGGGAGUUUACUGCUGAAGUUAAUCACAUCUAUUAUCAAAUUGCUGAUUGUAUACGUGAAUAUGGGGUUCUGACGAUUUCACAGUGAAGUGUUUUGAAUGCUGUGCGUCAGCAGUUUUGCGCUGUUCUUCGUGUUACAGGCCCUGUUGCUGUCGCUGUGGGAGAGCUUAACUCUAAACAUUUUCCUUAGUAACAUGGUGUCCUUUGGCUUUGUUUAUAUAUGUUUAUAAAGUAAAUUGCAUUUUUUUAUUUUUAGAAAAGUGUUAACUUAGAUUUGUGUGUUUUUAAAUACACUCAAAGGUACCGUGGACCUAUUACCCUAUGGGUAGAAAUAAAAAAGGAAAGAAUAUCAAAAUGUAACAUUUAUCUUUAGCCACUUUCUUUGUAAAUAUAAGCUCUCAAUAACUUCUGUGGUGACAGCUGUUACCGUGUAAAUGAUAUAUGUGGAAUUAUUUGUUACCACAUAAACAAUUUUUAAAACCCAAUAUCAAGUGUGAUCAUUUGCUUAUUUAAUAGAUGAGUGAUUUGUACUUGUAUUUUACAUAUACUUUUGAUUUCGUUCUUUUAAUUAUGAUUUAACUGCCAUUUUCCCCCGACCCUACUAGUUCAAUUCAGGUAACUGAUAAAUCUUUUACACUAUAUUUCUCCCCAGUGUGUAAAAUGAUUCGGGUGUAGCUUGCCAUGAGUCAUGCUGGAGCGACAUUUUGCAGACCUCUAGUCUGCCUCUUCUGUUGCAUAUUUCUGAUUAGAAAAGUCCCAGACGUUUUCAAAUUCUCUGAACAGCAUCCCCCACUCCUGUUCACUUAGAAAUGAGCUCAAGCACAGAACCAAUCCAGCCACAUUGUGGAACAUGAAGAAAGUCACAAGAAGCUUACUUGAUUGUUUAGGGGUUAGCAGUAUUACAGA